AUGAUUCGAAUUUUGAUUUCUCAUCUCCAUUUCCAUCAAAGAAGUUCAGAACAUGAAUCUGAACAAUGUCAAGGUUCCCAAGAUGCCUGGCGGAGUCUAUACAAUGUUGAGGGAGGGCACCGAGCUGUUGUUUUCAACCGUAUUGUUGGUAUCAAAGAUAAGGUUUAUCCAGAAGGAACACACUUGAUGAUCCCAUGGUUUGAGAGGCCAAUCAUUUAUGAUGUUCGUGCACGACCAAAUCUAGUGGAGAGCACUUCUGGUAGUCGUGACCUUCAGAUGAAGGCAUCUCUUGAAGGAUAA